AUGAUCGAAGUUCAAGAUCUCAUCACCUCAAGAGGAGGAGAUCCCAAAAAAGUCAUCGACAGUUUGCAAAAGAGAUACGCUCCCACAGAGGUCGUCGACGAAGUCAUUGCCUUGUGGAACGAUGCAUAUCAGACGCGGUACAAAGCUACACAAAUCGGCGCAAAGAUCAAUGCCACACAAAAAGAGAUUGGCAAACUAAAGAAAGCAAAGCAAGACGCAGAUCACUUACUUCAAGAGAAGGCAGACCUCGAGAAGGAGAAGAAGAGCGUUGAAGAUGCGGCCGCAGAGAAGGAAAAGCUGAGAGAUCGCAAGUGCAAGUUGAUCGGCAACUAUGUACAUGAAUCGGUACCAGUCAAUGAUAACGAGGAUUUCAAUGAGAUUAUAAAGAAGUGGGCUCCUGAAGGCGUCGCGCCCGAGAAGAAAGACUGUCUCUCACAUCACGAAGUCAUGACACGCGCAGAGGUCUACGAUGGUGAACGAGGUGUCAAACUGGUAGGACACCGAGGCUAUUUCCUACGGAAGUGGGGCGUUCUUCUCAACCAAGCCCUGAUCAAUUAUGGCAUACAUUUCCUCGUCAGCAAAGGUUAUGACCCGAUCCAACCGCCAUUCUUCAUGAAGGCCGAAUAUAUGGCCAAGACAGCACAACUCGAACAAUUCGACGAGGAGCUGUACAAGGUCAUUGAAGACAAGGACUCGGAAGACAAGUACCUCAUUGCAACCUCCGAACAACCCUUAUCCGCCAUGCUUGCAGACGAAUGGUUGACUGAGAAAGAUUUACCUAUGAGAUUCGCCGGUUACAGCUCAUGUUUCAGAAAGGAGGCCGGUUCUCACGGCAGAGAUGCUUGGGGUCUAUAUAGGAUACACCAGUUCGAAAAAGUUGAGCAGUUCUUAUUUGUCAAACCCGAAGACUCAUGGCAGGCACUUGAAGACAUGAAGACCAUUGCAGAGGAGUUUUAUCAAUCUCUGAAACUGCCUUACCGAGUGGUCGUGAUCGUCUCAGGGGCCCUGAACAACGCCGCGGCGAAGAAAUACGACUUGGAAGCUUGGUUUCCUUAUCAGGGCGAAUACAAAGAAUUAGUCUCUUGUUCAAAUUGUACGGACUACCAGACUCGAGAACUCGAGAUCCGUUACGGACAGAAGAAAGGAGCCAUCGAUGCGAGGAAGACCUAUGUUCAUGCCCUCAACGGAACACUGUGCGCGACGGAGCGUACUCUAUGUUGUCUCCUGGAAAAUUAUCAGAAAGACGAUGGAUUCGAGGUACCAGAGGUGCUCAGAAAAUACAUGCCACCCGGAACUCCUGACAUCAUUCCCUACACCAAGGAGUUGCCCAAGGAUUCGAGCUCUCAAAAGACAAAACAGCCUGCGAAAGCGAAAGCCGAUGGAGCUCCUGGCGGUGGACCAAAGCACAACAUGCCAACAGCGGAGAAUGUGGCAGAUAAGAUGAAGGACAUGAGCGUGUGA